UGCUGGUUGAUGAAACCUCUGGUUGAGGUCGCAAUCUGCAUUACUGCGUCUCUGUGCACUUGUUCACCUCGGGAUGCAGCAUCUUCUUUGAGCGCAUAGGUUGAAAUGAGUUUUUGCAGCGCGACACUAAACCUGAUCACCUCACAGCAUCUGCAUAUUUUACUCUUAAUUUUUCCCUUCUCCACUUUUGCAUGAAGAUGAUCCGCAUCCAUAACCCUCACCACGUACCUUUUCUACUUCAGACAGAGCAGCUUCGCCAAGCAGGGACCCUUUGUGACACUCUUCUCACUGUGGAGGGCCUUUCGUUUAAAGCACAUGCUCUUGUACUAGCUUUGGCUAGCAAACGACUCAAACGUCAGUUAAUGAAUCAACAUGGUCCUGGUCCAGGGUACAGCUGUGCUAUAGAUAGCAUCUCUCCCCAUACACUUAAACAGAUCCUGGACUAUGUGUACAGCGAAUCGGUGGAGGUACCCAAAGAUGACUUGGAGGAGCUGUUAAGGGGUGCUCAGUACCUGGAAGUUGAGUCUUUGGUGGAGCAGUGUGAAGCACAACUUUGGGGCCCAGAGUCCCCAGACAAAGUGGACGGAAAAGGGGUCGAAAAUAACACACUGAAACUCACUUUACUACAAGAUGACAAAAUGUACAAAGACUCUCAGUUGUCAAAAAGAAGCCCUCCUUUGGAUGAAGACCUCAAUGAUUGUUCUGUUGAAGAAGAAAGUUCUCCUACCAAUAAAGAUCCAAGAAUUCAUAAGAGCUCACCUCAUAUCCCUAGUUCUCCACCUCCACAGAAGAAAAGCUGCUCUCCUGUGUCUCUUCUGCCUCUUAUAACCUCCAGAGAAACCAAUAUCUCCUCUUGCGUUCCAGCUCCUUCCUCUCAACUUUGUUGGCCCCCUUUCAGCCCGUCUCGAAGUAUGUUGUUCAACAGUAGAGAAAUCCUGACCUUUCACUCCCUCCGAGCUUCCCAGCACAUGUUGGCCUACCCCUACCCCACACCCAUGUACCCCAUCCUCUAUCGCUCGCUCCAGCCCCAGGUGUCCUCUUCACUUAUGGGUUACACAGGAUUGCUUCACCCCAAUCACCCGCUCAUACACUCUCCAACACUGACUCAGGACCGUUCUUUUAUUUCUGGUCUAAGACCAAAAAAUGCCUCUAUCAAUGCAGCUAUAAAAGGAUCCAGGCCAGACAAUCAAGAGAGGAAGCCAAAGGUACAAGAGGAGAGGGAGAUAUGCUGCAGACACUGUGGUAAGCCUGCCCUGGAAAACACGUGGAGGCCGGCGAUUGGGUCGUCACCAUCAGGUUCGGAAGAGAUGACUUCCAGGUGUAAGUUUUGUGAACGAGGCGGACGGGACAGGCGAUCUCUGCGUUCGCUCAGAAGGGGUCUUGGAGAGAAACCUUACCAGUGUAAACAGUGUAGCAAGAGGUUCAGCCUUAAACACCAGCUGGACACACACCACCGAGUACACACAGGCGAGAAACCAUUUGAGUGUAGACUGUGUGGCCAACGUUCACGUGAUUAUUCGGCUAUGAUUAAGCACUUGCGUACACACGGCGGUGCCACGCCCUACCAGUGCACCCUGUGUCUGGAGUUUUGUAGCAGUCUAGCAACCAUGCAGAAGCACCUGAAGAAUCACUCCUCCCAAGACUUCCCACCAGACUGGAGUCUGAGCAGCACAUAUCUGUACAACAGUCACACCUGACCCUGGCAUCUGCUUUCAGCAGCCUGUAGAGCCACUGGACGUUUGAGUCCAUUGGGCUAAAAUGUGUUGAAAUGGGAAUUUAUUUCAACUUUUAAUAAGAUUUUUAUUUUUGGAAACAUUUUAUUAAUCUAAUUGUUAUUUUUUAUUAUUUACAGAGCCAUUAUACAAAUAUGAUAAUAUAUACAUAUUAUAUAUAUAUAUACAUAUAUUACAAAGGGCUUUUGGAUUGGAUUUCUUUGAGGACUGAAGUUAGGUGAAUAUUUCAUCUCCUAGUUACUAUAAGGCAGACUGUAAUAUCAUCACAAUAUAAUUUUUGAGCCAAUGAAAUUUGUACCAUUUAUCUAAGUAUUCACUAUGUGAUCUAUUUACACAAAUAUGCAAUAUUUUAAUUAAAAGCAUUAUAAGUAAACCGUCAAAGUUUGUCAGUAACUUUUCUAAAGCAGAAUUCUUUGAAACUAGUCUUUUUUUAAGCAGCAGAAUGGCAGGAUGCAGAUUUAUCUCUGAAAGUGUAGGCUAUUAAGUAUAAAGUGUAUGCCUUAGAGAUAAUGGAAUACUCUUCAUUGUGAAUGAAUCAAUAAAUUAAAGGACAGUUGAUAAAACAGUGACUGUAAAACUGAAUAGAUGUGCACAACUGUAGGCCUUUGAAUCAUAUUAUUGGUAUUGGUACAACAUGAAAGAGAUGUUGGCUCAUAGAGACGUAGCUUCAAGUCCAGCCUCAUCCCAAUCCCCUCUCUUAAACUCCUACUUUCCUGUCUACUCAAUACUAUCCUAUAAAGGCAAAAUGUCCAGAAAUAUUAUAUACUGAAUAUAUUCAACUAUGUGUGUAUGUGUGUAUAUAUAUAUAUACAUAUACAGGGUUGGGAGGGUUACUUUUGAAAUGUAUUCCACUACAGAUUACAGAAUACAUGCUUUAAAAUGUAAUUUGUAGCGUAUUCUGUUAGAUUACUCAAGGUCAGUAACGUAUUCUAAAUACUCUGGAUUACUUCUUCAGCACUGGUAGAUUUUUUCACUUGUUUUGACUAUAAAAACUCUGCCAGUACAGUAAGACAAAAUACACAUGUUAAAAUACAUUCUCUGAAAAACCUAAAUAUCUUAUGCAGUGUUGUUUCUAUAAAAAGAUCAAUCUAAUUGAUCUUGUUUUAAGGUUUUUUAGAUAUUUUUACAGGAAAACAAUGAAAAAAUUAUCAAGAAUAAGAUUUUUGCCCUAAUAUCAAAGGUCUUACUAGAAAAAAGAAAUUAUGAUCCAACGUGAAUUUUCUUGAUAAAAAAAAUAUGAUCGUGCCUGGUAACGUGCAUGUCAAAUGGCUAGAAAUAGCAUUUUAGCUUAGCGUAAAGCUGACAAUUUACACAAGGUUUAUUUCUAUUUCUUCUGCUCCAAACUUACUUCAAACUUACUUCUCUGUCUGCUCGUAUGAAUGUAACACAUCAUAAGAAAGUGUUUCACCGCUGUUCAAAUGCACUUUGGAUCGCAUCAUUUAUAUGUAUAAAUGUUUUCCAUCUGAAAGGACUAAAUAUUAAAUGAAACAAAUUACAAUAAAAUGCAAAGUAAUCUGUUCAGUAAUCAAAAUACUUUUUGAAUGUAACU